AUGGGGAUCUCGAAGGCCAAGAUCACGAUGGAGAGCGACGCAAGGGCGCCGGCCUCUGCCGCCGGCCGCCCGGUGCUGGCGGAGCAAGAGCGCCGGGAGGCCGAGCAGGAGUCGGCCGUGCUGAAGAAGAAGAACCGGAAGUCGGAGGAGGCCGUCACCGCUUCGCAGCAGGCCCAGGAGAAGGCCGAGAAGGAGAUGUCCGUGGUCGGGGACAGGGUCCAGCAGCUGCAGACACAGAACUCGUACUUGGCCAGCCGCAUCGACAGCCAGGAAGAGGAGAAGAGUGCGAUCAAGGUCGAGAUCAAGAAGGUGGCCGACCGUUGCUCCAGCCUCUCGGCCGAGAACACGAAGCUGCGGGACGAGAUCGGCCGGCUCGAGGAGGAGGUGGCCACGAUCGACAGCGACGCCCAGGCAAUCAAAAAGGAGCUCGACUACAUCAAGCGCGAGGACGUCCUGGACGAAGCUGGCAGGCAGAGGCCCGUCCUCAUCCAGUCCGCCGAGUCGGACCUCCUGGAGAAGCUGCAGAUCAACGAGUUCCUGUACGAGGCGCAGCAGGCGCGCAACCCGACGCCCCCUCUCAUCGAGAAGAUCGCCCAGCUCCUGGCCAUGCUGCACGAGGGCCAGUCCAGAUCCGACCAGUACCUCAACGAUCUCUCCAAGUCGAACGGGCUCGUUGCGGCUCUUCGGCAGAGGAAUAUGGCCCUCUUCAGCCGCACGCAGGAGUUCGACUCCUUCAAGACGAGGGCCCUGCUGAGGUACAUCAUGAAUCUCAUCGAGUUCGACAACAUCUCGAGCCUUCACUUGGACGGCCUCAGUUUUGGUCCGCGCGAGAUCGACGAGAUGAUGAGCCUGGUGCAGCGCUACGAGGCGCAGGAUAGGGUCCACUACCUCAGCCUCCAGGACAACGCCCUGGACUCCAGCGCGAUCGGGCUGGUAAUGCAGCUCGUGUACACCCUGCCGUACCUGCGCGCGCUGGACCUCAGGCAGAACCACCUGGACCCCGAGUGCGCCAGGAAGCUCGAGGAGCAGCUUCGUGCCAUCGAAGGCGUCACGGGCGUCGUGCGCACCGCCAAAGGGAUCAUAAACGUACACAGCGGCAGCCAGAUCCGCAUUUGCGUUGACGUGAGCGACCAGACCCCGAAAGACAUGGCGGCCAAAGAGAUCGAUUUCAGUGUUCAGCAGGAGCUGAGCUACCAGGACGCGGACCCGUUCCUCGCCUCCGGCGCCGGCGCCUCGCAGGCCCCGUGGGCGAGGAGCGCGGCGGCGACGCACGAGGUCCAGCAGCUGCCGCAGCGGGGCCAGGGCGGCGCGCGGGCGACGCCCGAGCCCGCCAGCGCCACGGAGGUGCCGCAGGCCAGCGGCGAGCGGGCGCCGUCGCGCGAGGAGCCUCAUUAUAUUUGGUUGCCUGGCGCUACUAGAGGAUACAUAGUCCUCCGGGCAACUCCUGCUCAACAACGUGCAGGCUAG